AUGAGGAUUCAGUCUGAUCACUGGGCAGUAAUUUUGGACUUUGCAGAGCAACACCCGGAAAUUAUAACAAAUAAGUCGAAAAGUUUAAAAGGGAGAGAGGUUCUUCAACAAAGUUGGAAGGAACUAACGGUCAUGCUUAACAGUCCUGGCAUGGGGGAGAAAAAGACAGAAGAAUGUAAAAAAACCAUAAUAGAUUGGAAAAGUAAAACUAAAGCUAAAGCCGGUUCAAUCAGCACCCACCUGGAAGGUACAGGAGGUGGGCCCCCACAAAAUGUAACACUGACGUCUUUUGAGGAACGGCUUUUAGCCAUAAUGGGCAAGGUAGAUGCCGAGGGAAAUCCAAAAGUUAUGGAAGUGGGAUAA